CCGACUGUUCCUCUGGACUGACAACCUGUGCGUCCGUGAACCGAUAAAUUAUUUCCCAGCUGGAGACCAGAGACCGGGACUGAUGGCCACGUCUGAACCGAGAGCCGCCGGCGGGGACCAGGACCCCAACUCGGCUAAUUUAAGACCUCCGUCCGGAACCUACGAAUACGCGUGGAUGCACGGAUGCACACGGAAACUGGGGAUGAAGAUUUGUGGGUUCCUGCAGAAGAACAACAGCCUGGAGGAGAAAGGGCGGCUCGCGGGCCAGAAGAACCUGCUCUCCUGCGACAACAGUGACCGGGACGCGCGCUUCCGACGCACCGAGACGGACUUCUCCAACCUGUUCGCCAGAGACUUACUGCCAGCCAAAAAUGGAGAAGAGCCUACCAUACAGUUUUUGCUGGAGGUGGUUGAAAUCCUCACGAACUACGUCAAGAAGACUUUCGACCGCUCCACCAAGGUGCUGGACUUCCACCACCCCCACCAGCUGCUGGAGGGCAUGGAGGGCUUCAACCUGGAGCUGUCCGACCAGCCGGAGUCCCUGGAGCAGAUCCUGGUGGACUGCAGGGACACGCUCAAAUAUGGCGUCCGCACAGGACAUCCACGCUUCUUCAACCAGUUAUCCUCUGGUCUGGAUAUCAUCGGUCUGGCUGGAGAAUGGCUCACCUCCACCGCCAACACCAACAUGUUCACGUAUGAGAUCGCUCCGGUGUUUGUCUUGAUGGAGCAGCUGACUCUGAAGAAGAUGAGAGAGAUGAUUGGCUGGCCUGACGGGGAGGGAGACGGCCUCUUUUCACCAGGUGGCGCUAUCUCCAACAUGUACAGUGUGAUGAUCGCACGUUACAAGUAUUUCCCUGAAGUCAAGACCAAAGGCAUGUCGGCCGCGCCGCGGCUCGUCCUCUUCACGUCGGAGCACAGCCACUACUCCAUCAAGAAGGCCGGAGCUGCUCUGGGCUUCGGCACUGAGAACGUCGUGCUGCUGAGCACAGACGAGAGAGGAAGAGUGAUUCCGUCUGAUCUUGAGGCCAAAAUUAUUGAUGCCAAACAAAAGGGUUAUGUGCCGCUGUUUGUGAACGCCACCGGGGGGUCGACCGUGUACGGCGCAUUUGACCCCAUCAAUGAGAUCGCUGACAUCUGUGAGAAGUACAACCUGUGGCUGCACGUUGACGGAGCGUGGGGCGGCGGCCUGCUGAUGUCCAGGAAGCACCGCCAUAAGCUCAACGGGAUUGAGAGGGCCAACUCUGUCACGUGGAACCCUCACAAGAUGAUGGGCGUCCCUCUGCAGUGUUCAGCGAUUCUGGUCAGAGAGAAGGGAAUCCUGGCCGGCUGUAACUCCAUGUGCGCUGGCUACCUGUUCCAACCAGACAAGCAGUACGACGUCACCUACGACACCGGAGACAAGGCGAUCCAGUGUGGCCGCCACGUGGACAUCUUCAAGUUCUGGCUCAUGUGGAAAGCCAAGGGCACCAUCGGCUUUGAGCAGCACAUCGACAAGUGCUUGGAACUGUCUCAGUAUCUGUACAACAAGAUCAGAAACAGGGAGGGGUACCAGAUGGUGUUCGAUGGAGAGCCUCAACACACCAAUGUUUGCUUCUGGUACAUUCCGCCCAGCCUGAGAGGAAUGCCCGAUGGCGACGAGAGGCGAGAGAAACUUCACAGGGUGGCGCCAAAGAUCAAGGCGAUGAUGAUGGAGUCAGGGACCACCAUGGUGGGCUACCAGCCUCAAGGCAAUAAGGUCAACUUCUUCCGGAUGGUCGUCUCCAAUCCCGCGGCCACACAGUCCGACAUCGACUUCCUCAUCGACGAGAUCGAGAGGCUGGGCCAAGACCUGUGA